AUGAAGCACGACCACGUUCUGGGAGUCUCGGCGUACAUCAAUCAUGGCAAUACCAACGCCACGAGAUACGUGGAAGCUACACCUGGUGCAACUUUCACUGCAAGCGUGGUCUUCGAUUACAAGAGUUUCCCUUACCCAAACGACGACAUCGACUGCGCGAUGUAUCUUGAUGGAGAAAACGCCGUCAGCUAUAUCCGAAAGGUCAGAAGCAAAUCGACUGUGACCCCCUUUGAUGGAUGUACAGAAGUCACCCCAUCGGGCACAUACAUGCGCAAAUUCAAGUUCCAAGAACUUGCUACAAACGAUGGUUUCGUUCAGGAAGGACUCAGGGAGAAAUUGAAGUCGCUCGGAACUAUCUCCAUCAAACUGCGCCGCUGUCGAGCUAUAUCCUCCAAAGCACCACUAUACACUGAGAUCGAGGAUGUCGGCAAAGACAGUGUGCCAGAGAAAGGUCUCAAGGGGCGAGCUAUCUCCACACAGGCAACCCUUGGAACACGAGAAAAGGUCCAGGACGUAGCCAUCCAAGAUGUCGCUUUUCCAUACGGCACUCGCCCUUUUGCAGAGUUUACAUUCAAGUAUCGCUCGCGGAAGGACCUUCAAGUCGAGGGUAUUAUACCGCGUAGCCCAUCUCCGGUGCCACUAGAGGAUCGGGACCCAGCGACACUCAAUGCCGAUGAGUUGCGGCAGCUACUUGAGCGCCGCAACGAGGAGCUGAAGAAAUUCUCGAAUAUCAAGACCGAGAAACGCGAGCGACCUACUCCGACUCUUAACGAUAACGACGACGACGAGCUCAUCAUUACUGAGCACAGCUCGAAGCGACGCCGCACGUCUCACGACUCCGGCAUCGAAGUCGUCGACCUUACGGACGAUUGA